UGAAUGUCGAGGCCCGUAGGCCCGGAACCGGCAGCAGCGUGCUUUUUCGGUCUGACAGCUAAGACGGGAGACGGGCAUUUAUCCAGUUAACGUUAGCUAACCUGGGUCUGCUUCGGUUUAGGUUAAACUGUGAGGGAUGGAGGUAUUGUGGAUAUUACUUGGUGUUCUUGCCUCCCAAUUGAAGUAUCUUAAGGCUGAUGACAUCGUGGUGGGCUGCGGGGGAUUCGUCAAAUCAGAUGUGGAAAUCAAUUAUUCCCUCAUCGAGAUUAAAUUAUAUACCAAACAAGGCUCCUUGAAGUACCAAACCGACUGUGCUCCAAUCAAUGGCUACUUUAUGAUUCCACUCUAUGACAAGGGAGAUUUUAUCCUGAAGAUUGAGCCACCUCUAGGAUGGAGCUUUGAGACCACCAGUGUGGAUCUUCAUGUGGAUGGACUGACUGACAUCUGCACCAAAGGGGAGGACAUUAACUUUGUCUUCACAGGCUUCUCUGUGUCAGGAACGGUGCUAAGUAAGGGGCAGCAGCUGGGUCCAGCUGGGGUGGAGGUGAGCUUGCGAAAGAGUGGAGCGGAAUCGAACCUGCAGACGGUGCUCACGCAGCCAGGAGGAAAGUAUACCUUCUUCAAAGUUCUGCCUGGAGAUUAUGAAAUCACUGCAACCCAUCCGUCCUGGAUUCUGCAGGAAAGCGCUACCACAGUGCGUGUGUCCAAUGCCAAUGCCCCGGCUGCAGCGCCCCUAGUGGUGGGAGGUUAUGAUGUUUCUGGGGAAGUGCGAAGCGAUGGAGAGCCCAUGAAGGAGGUCACCUUUCUACUCUACUCAGCUACAGUCAAGAAAGAGGACAUCGCAGGGUGCAACAUGGCCCCGGUGGAGGGUGCUUUGUCAGGAGAAGAGUCCCUCUCUUACCUGUGCAGCGUUCUGUCCCGGGAAGAUGGCACCUUCACCUUCCCCUCUCUGGCCAGCGGGGAGUACACAGUGGUGCCUUUCUACAGAGGAGAGAGAAUCACCUUCGAUGUUGCACCAUCUCGGAUGGAGUUCAGAGUGGAGCACAACAGCUUAAAACUGGAACCUGUUUUCCGUGUGAUGGGCUUCUCUGUGACCGGCAGGGUGCUCAAUAGCCCUGAUGGGGAGGGCGUUCCUGAUGCCACGGUCACGCUCAACAAUCAGAUCAAAGUGCUGACCAAAGAGGACGGCUCUUUCCGCUUGGAGAACAUGACCGCCGGAACCUAUACUAUUCGCACGCACAAGGAGCUCAUGUUCUUUGAGCCAAUCACAGUGAAGAUUGCCCCUAAUACGCCGCAGCUGCCUGAUAUCAUCACAGCGGGGUUCAGCGUGUGUGGCCAGAUCUCCAUCACCCGGCUGCCCGAGGGCAUGAAGCAACAGGGCCGCUACCGUGUCACCCUAACCCCCCAAGGGCAAGACAAGGCCGCUGUCCGCACUACAGACUCUGACCAGCAGGGGGCGUUUUGUUUCCAGGCCAGACCAGGGGACUACAGCAUCCAGGUGUCCCUCCCAGAGGCUGAAGUGAAGGCCGGUCUGGCACUGCAGCCUCAGGCUCUGGAGGUGUCUCUUGUGGACCAGCCUCUGUCUGACCUCCACUUCACGCAGUUCAUGGCCUCUGUGUCUGGAAAGGUGUCCUGCCUGGCGGCCUGCGGUGACCUGACAGUGACCCUGCAGCCUGUGAGCCGACAGGGCGAGCGGCGCAGUGUUCAGGUCUCGGGGAAGGCCGACUCGCUCACAUUCUCAUUCGACAACGUCCUGCCAGGAAAGUACAAAGCGAGUAUCUCCCAUGAGGAGUGGUGCUGGAAACACAAGUCCGUGGAGGUGGAGGUGCUGGACACAGAUGUGCUGGGAUUGGAGUUCAGACAGACGGGAUACAUGCUGCGCUGCUCCCUCUCCCACGCCAUCACACUGGAAUUCUUCCAAGAUGACAGCAUACCUGAGAAUGUUGGAAUUUACAACCUCUCCAAGGGAGUCAACCGCUUUUGCCUGUCCAAGCCAGGCGUGUACAAAGUGACACCUCGAUCCUGCCACCAGUUUGAGCAGGAUUAUUACACCUAUGACACCUCCGCCCCCAGCAUCCUCACUCUGACUGCGGUCAGGCACCACAUGACCGGGCUCAUCACAACCGACAAGAUCAUGGAUGUCACCGUGACCAUCAAGUCUUCUAUUGAGAGUGAGCCGGCGCUGGUGCUGGGGCCCCUGCGGUCCCAGGAGGAGCUGCGGCAGGAGCAGCAGCUGCAGGAGAUCGAGCUGCGCAGGCAGGAGAGGGAGCGGCGCGGCGAGGAGGAGGGCAAGGAGAGCCCCCCGGUGCAGGAGAAAGCCGACGACCUGCACGGGCCCUUCCACUACGAGUUCUCCUACUGGGCCAGGGCUGGGGAGAAGAUCACAGUGACGCCCUCCUCCAAAGAGCUCCUCUUCUACCCGCCCGAAGUGGAGGCCACCAUCACUGGAGAGGGCUGUCCCGGGCGCCUGGUGAGUAUUGCUGGGCAAGCGGGACUCUUCCUGGAGGGACAAGUGUCACCCGAGCUGGAGGGUGUGGAAAUAUCCAUCAGCGAAAGAGGAGCGGCAACGCCCCUCAUCACUGUGUUCACCAAUGAGAAGGGAGCAUACAGUGUGGGGCCACUGCACAGUGACCUGCAGUAUGACAUCAGCGCCAGCAAAGAGGGUUUUGUGCUGACGCCGGUGGAGGGCACUCAGAGGGAUUUCAAGGCCUUUGCCCUGGCAGGGGUCACCUUUGAGAUCAAGGCAGAGGAUGGCCAGCCCCUCUCUGGAGUCCUUCUCUCUCUCAGCGGCGGUCAGUUCCGUUCCAACCUGCUUACCCAGGAAACUGGCCUCCUCACCUUCAACAAUCUGAGUCCCGGUCAGUACUACUUCAAGCCGAUGAUGAAGGAGUUCCGCUUUGAGCCUGCAUCUCAGAUGAUUGAAGUGGAGGAGGGUCAGACCCUCAACAUCGCCAUCACUGGCUUCAAAACUGCGUACAGCUGCUACGGUGCUGUGCUUUCCCUGAGUGGUGACGCGGAACAGGGGGUGGCGGUGGAGGCAGUGGGUCAGGGGGAGUGCAGCCUGUACAGCGAGGACACUGUGACGGACGAGGAGGGUCGCUUCAGGCUACGGGGCCUGCUGCCUGGGUGCAAAUAUGUGAUCCAGCUGAGAGCUGAAGGUAACGACCACAUAGAGAGAGCCCUGCCCCAGCACAGGCCUAUUGAGGUUGAGAAUAGUGACAUUGAAGGUGUGAACAUCAUCGCCUUCAGACAGAUCAAUCAGUUUGAUCUGAGUGGCAACGUCAUCACAUCCCCAGAACACCUUCCCACUCUCUGGGUGAAGCUUUAUAAGAGUGACAACCUGGACAACCCAGUUCACAGUGUGUCCCUGGGUCAGUCGCUCUUCUUCCACUUUGCUCCGCUGCUGCGGGAUGGAGAGAGCUACGUGCUUGUGCUGGACUCCACCCUGUCCCGUUCGCAGUACGACUUCUCCCGGCCCCAGGUCUCCUUCACUGCCACUGGGUACCACAAGCACGUCACGCUGACCUUUAACCCCACCCGCAAAGUGCCUGACCAGGAUGUGGCCCAGGGGUCGUACAUUGCACUGCCCCUCACUCUGCUGCUUCUUUUAGCUGCUUAUAACCACGAGAAGGUCAUCCCUUUGCUCCUACAGCUGCUGAGCCGUGUGCAGGGGGUUCGAGGACUGGCGCAGACAGGGGGGGACGGCGCAGUCCUGGACGAUGCCAAACGCCAAGCCAAGAGGCAGAAAACCAGGCGCACAUGAGGAGACCAAAGAGGACUGCAGACCCCACCCACGUUUCCAGAGCUGACGGGACAACCAGAACUGCAGUCACUCCCACAUCACCUUGUAGCUGCAUGGACUGAUGGACUGAUAUUGCCAGCAUGGAUUCUGCUCUGGAGCUGGGAACAUUUCAAGGCAGGGUAGAUGAGAGUGGACCUUCUGCAGUACACUGUCACUUCUGUCAGGUGUGCCUCUGAUGGAUGUUUCACACCCUUGGAAGAAUCCAUACCGUCAAUAUGGGCCUUUUUGUACCUUUUUCAUGUGUUACUUGAUAUCUGAGCCCUUUUGCAAAAGCUCUAAAGGACAAAGGAAAGAUUGUGUCUGUUCCUGUGUAUGACUUUGUCUCUAGAAUAUGGUUUUGGGUAGUGGGGGAGUGUAUGUGUAUGUUUGUGUGUCUGCUUAGAAGAGAUGAGGCAGUCUGGGGAAACUGCAGGUAUAAGAAUUAUUGUGAAUAUCUAGGAGCCUACAGAUAUGAGGAAAAUGGGAUGUAACCUGGAGAGAUUAAUUUAUGAACAAUAAAUCUUUAGAUGUGAUUGUGAAAUGUUUUGAGUGAGAGCGCUCUCAGGGAGCAUGUGGAUUUAAGUAUGGCUUUGCAGGGUGAUGUCACCCUGGGCCCCAGCACUCGCAGUCCCUCAGAUCCAGCAGCAGGGGGGGAUCAUGCGCUUGAGUCUCUGUGUGUACGACGCUCCCUGAUUCAGAUCACUCGCCUCACAGAAGCGUGCAUGUCACUGUCUGUGAAGGUGGGUCACACACCUACCUUGACACGUUUUUCUUUUUUUUUUUUUUUUCCCCAAAUUA